AAAAAAAAAAAAAAAAAAAAAAAAAAAAAAAAAAAAAAAGGGUAACGAAUCAACGAACGUAAACACAAAGGCUCCGCUCGUGUGCCGAUGUUUGAAACUUUGAGUUUCAGGUAGGCUCCAUCGUUCCUUUGUCAGGCCCUAACCUGAGAUGGUGGAAGGUGAAAACUUUGACUGCGAAGAACAGAGGAUCACACACUUUGAUCUGAGAAACGAUCCCCAAUUUCCAAUGGUUUUCGUUAGAGAAUCGACUGAUUUCGCUAAGGACGAUCUCGCUAUCUUCCCGCCGAUCAACCACGAGAAUCUCUACAUCGACGGAUUCGAUAAGGACCGAGAAUAUCCGUCGGAAUCCUCCUCUCCUUCAUCUUCGUCGAGACUCUCAGAUUCUUCCUUGUCUCCGUCCGAUUCAGACGAACAAUUUCAGUUUUGCCGGAAAUCGCAUUCUCAGCCGUCAGAAGCUGUCGGGAAAUCUCGGUGGAAAUCCAUAAUUGAGAUUGAUAUAAUCCAAGUUUGGUGGAAGAUUCUUCUCGCUCGAGUAAUGCCAAAGUUCCAGAAUUUGGUGACUUGCUUCUCCAGAAACAGUCUCUGUUCCUUCUCAAAGACUCUCCGGUCAUUUUAUCCGGUCAUGGUCAUAGUGCUUUGGUGGUGGAUGCGGAACCGAACUCGCCGGCGACAUCAAAAAGGAGAAAUCAUCGCAGCUCAUUUUAGAGAUACUAUCAAAGAGAGAGACGAGAGAAUAGCUCAACUCUUGCAUCAGAUUACUCAGAUGAACGAGUUACUUGUAAAAAUAACACAUUCGAAUUGAUCACAAGAUUCUUUUGUCUUUGUUUGUAUUCUUCUCUUUCUGAGUUUCUCAAAACUGGAAUUUUUCAGAAUAAGAAUCAAUGAGACAAAGAGAACAACGAAAUAAUCUCAUGUCCUUUGCUUCUGCAUUACUAAAGCAAACAUCUUACCUGAGUUUAUUGUGAUA